CGCCUGGGGACCCUCCAGUAGAGCCAAUCGUUCGAUCUCGAUGGCAACGUAUGGCGGGGUAUUGAAGGAAUCGUUCGCCUUGAUCUCGUGAAACUUGUCGACCAUGGGAAAGUCGGCUUUAUCCAUACCCCUAAUCAUUGCCUGCAUAUCGGUGUCGAUCACACCCGGGGCGAUGCUGUACGCGCGAAGACAUAACUUCGAAUUGUCUGCAUCGGCUAACUCCUCCGCUAGAACGCACUCGGUCAAGCGAUCGACGGCUCCCUUGCUGCUGCAGUAGGCACUCCAACCAGCUGAUAUAAGACGAAACGACAUGAGAAGAACAUUCAGAAAAUUGAAAASCACUAAUCGACACAUAUAGUCGUCUCCUCGCCUUUUUCUAGGAUGAACAAAACAAACCACUCACCAUAACCCUUCACAGCCGCCCCCGAAGAAAUAUUCACCAGCGUAGAAGGUGCCGCACCGACACGAGCUCGUGAUCGACAAUGGUUAAUGUAGGCUUUCGUGCCGUGGAACACACCCAUGAGGUUGACUUCAAUGUUCUUUCGAAAGUCGGUGAUGUUGGUGUCUCGGAGAGGUUUGAUGGGCUCGAGAAUCCCCGCGUUGUUGAUCCAGAGAUCAAUGGAGUCAGUGCCCAGCUUCUUGGCCGUGUUGUCCAGAAAWUCCUGUACUGCUUGCGGRUCGCAGACGUCUACACCGGAUUGGUAAUACAGCUGGCCUUCCUUGCUGUUGUCGGGAGCGGAACUGUCCAAAUCUGCGGGCGGUGGCGACCGGGAGCACCCAGCGACUUUGUGGCCCCGUUCCAGAUAGGUACGAGCCAUUCCCGCCCCAAGACCCCGACUGGCGCCUGUGAUGACGAUUGUGAGAGUUCUCGAUGGAGAUACCAUUGUUGUGCUCGCAACUGCUGUAAACGGUUGGCAACGAUAUGGAACUGAACAAAACACAAUUUGAGUAGUAUCACAUUUAUUAUGGURAGAUUGGCGAGAAAAGAUCUUUUCUCCAGAACUGGAACCAUGUCGAUUUGGAUGUUUUUGGAAAAAUUUAAAUUCUCCGGUCCCCCUUUUUCAUUAGUAUGUGAUCGGUUUUGAUCACAAAAAAAUGUGAUCAGAAAUGAUCACAAAAUUSUGAUGAAUUUCUUGAUCACARUUUUUUGYGAUCAGAUUUGUUGAUCACAUUUUUUUUCGAACGGAUUAGAAUUAGUAUCUGUGCACGGAAUAACAUGUACUGUUUAGU